AUGGCUGUGCUCCGAAGGUCCCUCCUGGUGCUAGUUGCUGCUUCUUUGCUCGGCCUGGUGCGUGCUCAGCCGUCGCCUGUGGUCCAAGAACACAUCUCUGCAGCUAUCGCGUCGGCGGCGGCGGAUCCGGACAAUGUCGACUACACCUCGCUGGUCAAUGUCUUCAUAGGCACCGACAAUUACGGGGAUGUUUGUCCUGGCGCCUCUGUCCCCUUCGGGAUGGUCAAAUUCUCGACAGACAUGACGGGAUAUGCACCCGCGGGUUACAUCGCGGACCCGACGGAGAUGAUUCGCGGUCUGAGCCCCAUGCACGACAGCGGAACUGGUUCGUCUUCAGGUACCUACGGUAACUUCGAGAUCAUGCCUCUCCUCUGCCCGGACGGCUUCGAGACGUGCGCCGUGAGGCUCGACGACCGCCUGCGGUACCGCAAGAACAACACAGACGAAGCCUACCCCGGAUACUUCGCCCAAACGCUGGACAACGAGAUCAAGAUGGAGGCUACGUCCACGCGCCGCGCCGGCCUGGAGCGCUUCACGUUCCCCAGCGGGUCGAAGCCGUACUUCACGCUCGACCUCGCGAAUGACCUCCCGGAGUCCUUCGCCGGCGGAUCCUUGAACAUCGAUCCUGAGAACGGGCGGAUCACCAUGGGAGGAUUCUGGGGCUCGAGUUUCGGACCUGGUGCCUUUCAUUACCAGGCCUUUGCUUGUUAUGACCUGCUCAACGGCGGCACGCAGAAACUCGACGAAUACGGCGUCUGGACAGGCGAGACUUUUGGCUUGGACUACUGGGGAGACGCCAAGGGCCUCGGGCAAACCAACCUGAACCUCUCCGUCGACCUCAUCGGGGACGUCUACCAGUCCGGCGCGCUCUUCUCCUACGCGGGGGACCCCGAGGAGAUCACCAUCCGGGUCGGCAUCUCCUUCGUGUCCGAGGCGCAGGCGUGCAGCAACGCGGAGACGGAGGUGGGAGGCGCGACGUUCGAGGAGAUCGAGGCGGAGUCGAAGGCGCUGUGGAACGAGCGGCUGAGCACGAUCACGAUCGACUUUGCGAACACGGAGCCGAACAUCACGGAGCUGCUGUACUCGUCGUGGUAUCGCUCGAACCUCACCCCUAAUAAUGCCACGCAUGAGACACAAGGGCCGUAUGCGAACACGACGCACUUCUAUUUCGACUCUCUGUACUGCAGCUGGGACACCUUCCGCACGUUCUAUCCCCUCAUGGCCCUCCACUCACCCGUGCACUACGCCCAGAUCGUCGAUAACUACAUCGACGGCUACCUCAAGCAGGGUUGGAUGCCCGAGUGUCGGGCCAACAACCUCCCUGGUUGGACUCAAGGAGGUUCGAGUGGAGACCUGAUCGUCGGACAUUUUGCCAUGCUCUACCACAACGAAGCAGAGGAGCUCGGCAUUGACCUGGAGCAGCUCUACGCUGCUAUGGUGCAGGACUCGGCGGUCAAUCCUCCGGAGUGGAACAUCAUGGGUCGCCAGAGUAACGUCUACAAUCAAUAUGGCUACGUGCCCUUCGCCGCACUCGACACCAGGAGCACCGGCCGUAUGACUCGGGAGGGUAGUCGGACCGUCGAGUAUGCUUACGAAGACUUCGCAAUCCGGCAAGUCGCACUGCUCUUGAACAAAACCGAAGACGUCGAUGUGUACACGAACAAAUCCUAUUUUUACAAGAAUGUAUGGGAUCCGACGGUCAACAGCGACGGCUUUACGGGUUUCUCUCAAAAGCGCUAUCCCAACGGAACCUUCUACUACACGGACCCCAUUGAUUGCUCGCCCGUCGAUUCGAACCCAAACCGUGAAUGCUCGUUACAAGAUGACAACGUCGUCGGCUUCUACGAAUCAUCAUCCUGGGAGUAUAGCUUCUUCGCACCUCACGACAUGGCAUCCGUUGUGGAUAUGAUGGGAGGCAAUGAAACUUUCAUUGCACGUCUGGACCAUUUCUUCAAUGCGAGCUACUUCAACGUAGGGAACGAACCAUCGUUCAACACCCCGAUUGACUACUUGUACGCCAACGCACCGACAAGGAGCGUCGAUCAUGUCCACGACGUGGUGUUCAGCUACUUUGACAUCACACCUGCUGGCUUACCUGGCAAUGAUGAUCAAGCUGCAAUGGCAACUGUUUUGGUUUGGCACCUACUCGGCCUGUAUCCUGUGCCGGGUUCGUCAGAAAUCCUGGUUGUAUCACCCUUCCUACCUACGUACACCAUUCAUAACCGCUACCUGAACACCAACACGACCGUCACGGUGAAGGGCUUCAAUCCGGCCUCCGUCCAGCAGUACAUCCCGGAAGGCAUCGCCGCCUACGUCCAGAAUGUCACGAUCAACGGCGUACCCUCUCCUUCUCGGUGCCAUUUCGACUUCUACGACAUCUUCCGCGUCGGCGGCGAACUCGUCAUCGAGGUCACGGCAGACAAAGAUUCCGUCAACGACUGCGGCGCCUCUCUACCUGACUCGCUCUCUACGGGCGGCUUCAACACAGUCCGAUAA